AUGGUCAACGCAACUCUAACGGCAGAGCAUAAUCUUGCUACCACCUUUAAAGGUGUAGAAUAUAUCUACAACCUUGGUGAUAUGGCUUGGAUCAUUGUAGCUACCGGACUUGUCUUUAUCAUGAUUCCAGGUUUGGCUUUCUUCUAUGCCGGUCUAGGACGUGCAAAAUCCGCAACAUCAAUGCUAUGGAUGGGCUCAAUCGUUAUGGCAAUGGCAAUGUUCACUUGGUCAUUCUGGGGUUUCAGUCUAGCAUUCAGCCGUAACGGUAACAAGUAUAUUCGUAAUUUGGAUCACUUUGGCUUGAUCGGUGUCGAUAUCCAACCUUCAACCGGAAGCAACGGUAUUCCCCAACUAUUGUACUACGCUUACCAAAUGAUGUUUGCCGCAAUCACUCCAGUCAUUGCUGCAGGAGCUUUCAUUGAUCGUGCUCGUUUGGCUCCCGUGAUCCUAUGGACUUUCUGCUGGAGCACAAUCGUAUAUGCGCCAAUUGCUUGCUGGACAUGGAACUUGGGUGAUACAACCGUCGAUCCUCCUGUUCCAGGUGGUUGGGCAGCCGUCAUGGGUGGUUUGGACUUUGCAGGUGGUACUCCAGUGCACAUCAGCUCAGGUACUGCUGCUUUGGCCAUUUCCAUCUUCUUGGGACGUCGCAAGGGAUACGGAACAGAAGUUCUUGCUUACCGUCCCCACAACGUCUCUUACGUUACCUUGGGUACCGUUUUGCUCUGGUUCGGUUGGUUCGGUUUCAACGGUGGUUCCGCUCUCGGUGCCAACUUGCGCGCUGUUAUGGCAAUGACUGUUACCAACAAUGCUGCCGCCGUUGGUGGUUUGACAUGGAUGUUCUGGGAUUGGCGUUUGGAACGUAAAUGGUCUUUGGUCGGUUUCUGCUCCGGUGCAAUUGCUGGUUUGGUCGCUAUUACUCCUGCUUCCGGUUACGUUGCAUGGCCCGCUUCGAUUGCAUUUGGUGUUGUUGCAGGAACGUUGUGCAACUUUGCAACUGGAUUGAAGAACAUCGUUGGCGUUGAUGAUACUUUGGAUAUCUUUGCUGCUCACGGUAUCGGAGGUAUGAUUGGUAACAUUUUGACUGCCUUCUUUGCUGAUAACCGCGUUGCAAGCUUUGAUGGAAGUGCAUUGAUCCCCGGAGGAUGGAUCAACCACCACUGGGUUCAAUUGGGAUACCAAUUGGCUGAUUCCGUUUCAGGUUUCGCUUACUCCUUCGUCAUGACGAUGAUCUUGCUCUUCUUGAUCGAUCGUAUUCCAGGAUUCCACUUCCGUGCAACUGACGAAGAUGAAGUUUUGGGUAUCGAUUUGGCACAAACUGGUGAACAAUGCGUCGUUUUCCCUGACCACUUUAUCGAUGCAACUUCUGAAGCAGUCAAUUCUGGACUAAACAGGGAUGUUCAUAGCAGCCCUUCUACCAGUGUUCAUGCUUCUGAUCCUGAAAAGAUGGCAAUGCCACAUGCCGAGUAA